AUGACCACAGACGGACCCAGCUCUCCCCCAGCCAAGCGCAUCAAGACCGAUUCCUCCUCUCAAACCACCACCGCCGCCACAAUGACCGCCGAUACUCAGACCCCUGCCGUCCCGGCCGUCACCAAGCUCUCCCAAGCCCCUCCUCUCCUCAUCAAGAAACUCUCCGACAAGGCCCGCCUCCCAACUCGCGGUUCCGCCUUUGCUGCUGGUUACGACAUCUACGCUUCCAAGGAGACUACGAUUCCUGCGCGGGGAAAGGGAUUGGUUGAUACGGAUAUUUCUAUGGCUGUUCCGGAGGGGACUUCCAAGAACUACAUCGACGUUGGCGCGGGCGUGAUCGACGCCGACUACCGCGGCCAAGUCAAGGUUUUGCUUUUCAACCACUCGGACGUUGACUUCCAGGUCAAGGAGGGCGAUCGCGUGGCGCAGCUUGUGCUGGAAAGGAUUUAUACACCUGAGGUUGUCGAGGUCCAGGAAUUGGAGGAGAGUGUUAGGGGUGCGGGCGGGUUUGGAAGUACCGGUGUUGGGGAGGUGAAGAACUAA